AUUCCUUAUUUGAAUUGUAGCUCAUAAUUGGUUCAACAAUGCUGCAAACAAGUUGUUCUAUAAUUUUACUCACAUUUUUCACUAUUAUUGUAAGUGCAAGUGGUGAUGACUCGUUUUGUUGGCGAGACACAUACACUCGGAAUAUUGGAAAAGUUCCUGAGAGUUGCGCUCCAAACCAGGUUCGUAUAGGCCUAUUCUGCUACGACAACUGUCCAGCCGGCUUUGCUCGAUUCGGCUUCGACUGUCACUCGGUUUGCCCACAAGGAUUCAGGGAUGACGGCCUGUUCUGCAGACUGACCGAAUACGGACGGGGAGCCGGUUACCCGUGGCGGUUCGGAGACCCCCUAAACGACAGCAAGCAGUGGCAACGCUGUCUGCACGAUCACCCCCAGGGCUGCGAGAAGUGGGGGUUGAUUGUGUACCCCAAGUGUGCUCCAGGUUACUCCCCGUUCGGUUGCUGUAUCUGUCGACCCAACCCCCCUGACUGUCCCAGCCAUGGUCUAAACCCGGGUAUUGACCUCAGCUGUGCCAAACGCAUCCAGAUAGGAAACCCUCAAAUCGGAACCUGUUCACCAGGGUUUGAACUGGACGCCGGCUUAUGCUACCCACAAUGCAACCCAGGCUACCACGGUGUGGGGUUCGUUUGCUGGAGCCAACCACCCCCGACCUGGGUCGAAUGCGGUAUGGGGGCUGCCACAACUCCCAAAACAUGUGCCUCCAUGAUCUGUGGACAGAUUACGUCAGUUGGGCAACUCUGUAUCAAUAUCGCAUCAGGAUUCUCAACUUCCAGUGUUCAAGAACUGAAAACCCCCGCUGAUCCUGACAAAUUAGCACACUUGAAACAGGCCUACAACUCUAUUAAAAACAAUGAGAAUAUCAAGAAAGCGGUGGAAGCUUACGAGAAAGCUAACAAUUUCAAGAAAGGGUACAUUUCCAUUGAUACAGCCAUGCAGGCUACAACGGUCGAGGAUAUGGUGCGGUUGGCAGCAAUGAUUGCCGCAUUCACGGAUCCUACAGGUGUGGCAAAUGUAAUUGUUGCUUACAGUUAUCCAAAAUGUAGUAAGUUGAAGGAAUUGAAUGAGAAUUACUAUAAAGGAAGUGGUAAUUUGAAAGUAGUGUUGAAUGAAAGUGACAAUGAAAGAAGUAGUGAUUUGGAGAUACUGAAUAAAAAUGACUUGAAUGGGAAUUACUAUGCAGGUAGUAGUAAUUUGGAAGUGUUGAAUGGAAAUGACAAUGCAAGAGGUAGUGAUUUGGAGAUAUUGAAUGAAAAUGACUUGAAUGGAAAUUACUAUGCAGUAGGUAGUAGUAAUUUGGAAGUGUUGAAUGGAAAUUACUAUGCAGGAGGUAGUAAUUUGGAGGUGUUGACUGAAAAUGACGUAAAAAUUAGUGUAAAUUUGGAGGUAUUGAAUGGAAAUCACCAUGCAGAAAGUGGUAAUUUGGGGGUGUUGAAUGAAAAUUACAAAGCAGAUGAUAGUAAUUUGGAUUUAAUGAAUAAAAAUUACCAUGCAGGUAGGAGUAAUUUGGAGGUACUCAAUGAAAAUGACGAUCAAAGGAGUAGUGAUUUAGAGGUGUUGAAUGGAAAUCACCAUCCAGAAAGUGCUGGUAAUUUGGAGGUAUUGAAUGAAAAUUACAAUGCAGGAAUAAGUAUUUUGGAGUUAAUUGGUGGAAAAAAUCGGGCAGAAAAUGGGCGUGGCAAAGUAAGUGGAAGAAGAAACAAAGAAGAAGAAAGUGGAAACGAGAAAGGGGAAGAGAAAUGGAAUGAGGAAGGAAAAGAAGUGGGAACAUCAAGUGGAAAACUUAGAGUUUUUCCAGUGUUUUUCGAGUAUAAAGUUGAGAGUUUUCCGGUUUUAUUGACUUCAAGAAGGUUGAGGUGGAUUGGAAUGUUUAUGUGAAUAUUCAAAAUAUUUGGAAUAUCUAAAGCGAAAAUUAAUAAAAACAAUAUAAAAACAUGAAGUCCCAAUUUAUUUGAAAUAUUUCAAACAAUGAAUUAAUUUUAAUUAAGUAGCCAAUACAAGUGAAAAGAUUUUAUCUAAAGACAUAUAGUUUUAAAGUGGACCUCACUGGAGUGGCUGGUAGGCUUAUUUUCUUGUUCAUUCACAAAUAAGCUUAUUCUGGAACACUGGUUUUUCUUGUAAUAUUCAUAUAAUAUUUCAUGGAAUAUAACAACUACUUUGUUUAGGUAGGUAAUAUUGUUGUUUCUCACUCUAUUCUUGUGUGUUAUGGAUGAAUUAAAUUGAAUUAAAAAAUAAUCAAUA